AUGCUGUCGCUGACUGAACUUCCUAUCGACUUCCAUGCGUUCGGCACUUUCUCCGACGCCCCGCCUCUGCCCAGUUCAUCGGCCCGUCCCUCUUCCCCCAUCGAUCGAAGAUCUCUCUGGCCAGCUCCCAAAAUUAGCACGCCCAUCUCCUCUUGCGAAAUCUCCGAUAUUACCCAUAACUCUGUUACCAAUACUCCAUCUAACCUACGAGAGAGUUCACAACUGAUGGAGUGUUUGAGCUCACCACAGGGAGACCUCCGCCGAUAUGUGGGCCGCUCGUUCUGGGCCCUCGCAUCCAAUCAAAUGGCUGAUUGUGAUGUAUUGCUAAAGGCGCAACAGCUUCGUUUCCUAGCUCAGGAAACCCACGGCCGGAACUCGGGGGAAUGGGCUCGGAUCCUGGAAAGUCUACCUCCGAGAAAAGUACGCGACGUGCUUCUUGAAUCGUUCCUGCUUAGCGUAAAGCCGUUGGCCCCGUUGACCCAUGUUCCUACUCAACUAUAA